GACCACUUCAUCAAAUUCUUCGCUCCGUGGUGUGGUCACUGCAAAGCUCUUGCCCCAACCUGGGAGCAGCUGGCUUUGGGCCUUGAACAUUCAGAAACCGUCAAGAUUGGCAAGGUCGAUUGUACUCAGCACUAUGGACUCUGCUCAGAAAACCAAGUCCGGGGCUAUCCCACCCUGCUCUGGUUCCGCGACGGAAAGAAGGUGGAUCAGUACAAGGGAAAGCGGGACUUGGAGUCACUGAAGGACUACGUGGUGUCGCAGCUGCAAGGUCCAGAGACAGGAGCCCCUGAGACCGUGGAGCCCUCAGAGGCCCCGGUGCUGGCUGCGGAGCCAGUGGGAGACAAGAGCACUGUGUUGGCCCUCACAGAAAAGAACUUCGACGACACCAUUGCAGAAGGAAUAACCUUCAUCAAGUUCUACGCCCCAUGGUGCGGUCACUGUAAGAAUCUGGCCCCCACCUGGGAGGAGCUCUCCAAGAAGGAAUUCCCUGGCUUGGCAGAGGUCAAGAUCGCCGAGGUUGACUGUACGGCGGAGCGGGAUGUGUGCAGCAAGUACUCGGUCCGAGGCUACCCUACGUUACUGCUCUUCCGUGGUGGUAAAAAAGUGAGCGA